UGUCAAAAUUGAUCCGCAAUCCCGUCUGACGUGUUUUGCUUCGUUCCGGGAAUUCUUUGUGGCGUACUGAAAUCGGUAAAAUCGUCGUUCGGAGGAUCAAUCGUCAGGUGUAUAAUUAAUCGUAGUUAUCCCUAAGUGAGCCGGAACCAGUGGUGUAACCGGGGACAGUUAGCGCAGUGUUCGGAUUUGACGGAUUUCGCUUACGUGUAAUUACGACUGUGGCGACAGCUCAUCUUUUAUUGGUUAUCGGGGAAAACGAUGUCUCGAGCAUCGGAAGAGUGAUUGUGCUGCAGUAAAGUCGGUCGUUCAGUGAUAAAAAGACUAAUUCAGAAGAUUCAAUAACACGUAUUUUCUAACAUUGUUCGUUUGAACACCCUCUUUGUGGGACACCCUGAUUUGCCUGAUUUAACCGGACCGACAUCAGUGGACAGUGCCUAGUGCGCGGUGCAAUUACAAGUGUAAAGCAAACAUCACAGCCAUCAAAGAAGUGCAGCGAGCGAAGCAACUACUGCGCGCGACAAUUCUUCCCGUCUUCUGCCGAACCCUUCAGGGGACCGUCUUGAAGGUAACCGAGAUAUCUCCGGGGUACGAAUAGGUAGUAAUAAUUGGCACUAGAAUGCUAUUGACUGAUUUGCGUUUGCUCUAGUUUCCGAUCGCAAUCGGUAGUGGAAGCGUGCGUGUUUGUGGUCAGCACUGGGAAAGUUGUGUUAGAAGUUACUUAUUUUGGUUCAAGUGUUCAGUAGAUUGGUUUGUUCGCACUAGAAAAUCAUGAAGUCUCCUGGUGGAGGAGCGGCAUUCAGUGGUGGAUUUGCCGAAUUCCUGGGAAGCAUUUUUAAUGUGCGUUUAGCGGAACGAGCCGCGGGUGGAAAAGAAGCCGACGGUAAAGGGGGCAAAUAUGACUACGACUACGAGCGACUUGCCCAAGAACCGCUAAACGGUGGGCAUCACAUGCAGCAGCAUCAUCAGCAUGGACGUGGCUUCAUCAAUGGAUCAAUCAAGGGUGACAGCAGCCCAGCCGGGGGUGAACCGGAAGAGGACAAAGAAAUGCUGCUGUCUACCAUGGAAGCGUCCCACUACUCGGCCCAGGAGGUGGCCGCCCGGCUGCGGGUGGACGUCCGGACCGGGCUUCGGUGGGCCGAGGCCAACAGUCGGUCGAAGAUCGUCGGUUACAAUGAACUGAACGCCCUGGACGACGAACCGACGUGGAUGAAAUACGUCCAGCAGUUUAGAAAUCCUCUCAUUUUGUUACUAUUAGGUUCUGCGGUGGUGAGUGCGUGUAUGAGACAGUUUGAUGAUGCUAUCAGCAUCACGAUAGCGAUUAUUAUCGUCGUGACAGUCGCUUUCAUACAGGAGUAUAGAUCUGAGAAGAGCUUGGAAGAGCUGAAAAAGUUGGUGCCGCCUGAAUGCCACUGUCUACGAGAAGGACGAUUGGAAACAUUCCUCGCAAGAAACCUUGUUCCUGGUGAUAUAGUUUACUUAAACGUCGGUGAUCGGGUACCGGCCGACAUUCGGAUAUUUGAGGCGUACGAUUUGUCGAUCGAUGAGUCUAGUUUUACCGGUGAGACGGAACCGGCACGCAAGAGCACCGAGGUAGUGCUCAAUGUGAACAACAGCAAGAACCAUACCGGCAUGAAGAACAUCGCCUUCAUGGGAACGUUAGUUAGGUGUGGUAAUGGAAAGGGAAUUGUAGUUAGUACGGCCGAGAAGAGUGAAUUCGGAGAGGUCUUCAAGAUGAUGCAAGCCGAAGAAGCUCCAAAAACGCCACUCCAGAAAUCAAUGGACAUUUUGGGAGCUCAACUGAGUUUCUAUUCAUUCUGCAUCAUCGGAGCAAUUAUGUUGCUCGGUUGGAUUCAAUCCAAACCUUUGGUAGAAAUGUUCACCAUUGGUGUGAGCUUGGCCGUCGCUGCCAUCCCCGAAGGUCUACCGAUCGUUGUAACGGUGACAUUGGCGCUGGGCGUCAUGCGGAUGGCCAAACGCAACUGUAUCGUUAAGAAACUGCCCACGGUGGAGACGCUGGGUUGCGUAACUGUGAUCUGUUCGGACAAAACGGGUACCAUCACCAAAAACGAAAUGACCAUCACGGUCAUUAUCACUUCGGAUGGAUACAUGGCUGAUGUCACAGGAGCCGGGUACAAUGACAACGGUGAGAUUCACAUUCGUGACUGCAACAGUAUGGAUAACGCUAAAAGAAGCAUAAGUCAGCUGUUGGAAGCUGGUGUCGUGUGCAACAACGCCAUUAUUCAAAAUGAUACUCUCUUGGGACAACCAACAGAGGGUGCUCUGCUAGCAGCAGCUAUGAAAAACGGACAGUACUCCGCAGCGGAUAACUAUCUUCGGAUACAGGAGUAUCCGUUCAGUUCCGAACAGAAAAUGAUGGCUGUGAAAGCGGUACCAAAGUACGCGAACAAUAAAGAGGAACUUUACUUUGUCAAAGGUGCCAUCGAGAUGGUGCUGCCCCAAUGUACCAAGUUCUGGUACGGUGGCCAGCCGAUGACGUUGAGCAAACAGAACGAGGCCGAAUUUCUGCAGGAAGCGUACGAAAUCGGUAGGAAAGGCUUGCGGGUGUUGGCCAUCGCUAGGGGAUCAUCGUUCCAGGAUUUGGUUUAUCUGGGUUUGGUCGGCAUCACUGAUCCACCCAGGCCUCUGGUACGGGAAUCGAUCGAGAUGCUGCGUGCCAGCGGAGUGCUGGUCAAAAUGGUAACCGGCGAUGCGCAGGAGACGGCAAUGGCAAUCGCCGCAAAGAUUGGAUUGGACAUCGUCCACAUGCAGGCCAUGUCCGGCCAAGAGAUCGACCAGAUGAGCGAAAUCCAGCUGGAGAAGAUGAUCAACACGGUGAGUGUGUUCUAUCGAGUCACUCCCAAGCACAAGCUGUCCAUCGUGAAAGCCUUGCAGCACAAUGGCCACAUCGUCGGUAUGACCGGCGAUGGCGUCAACGAUGGAGUGGCCCUGAAGAGAGCCGACAUUGGAAUCGCUAUGGGCAAAAACGGCACGGACGUGUGCAAGGAGGCGGCGGAUAUGAUUCUUGUGGAUGAUGAUUUCCACACUAUAAUAGCGGCCAUCGAGGAGGGAAAGGGAAUUUUCUGGAACAUUAGGAAUUUUGUAAGAUUUCAGCUGAGUACGUCAAUUGCGGCUCUCUCGUUGAUCGCCCUCUCGACUUUGAUGGGAAUCUCAAACCCGCUGAAUGCAAUGCAAAUCCUGUGGAUCAAUAUCAUUAUGGACGGUCCGCCGGCGCAGUCUCUCGGUGUUGAACCGGUUGAUCAGGAUGUGCUCAAACAGAAACCUCGCAACGUGAAGCAGGCAAUGAUUUCGAAAUCUCUUAUCAUCAACGUGCUGCUGUCGGCGGGCAUCAUCAUUCUGGGAACGCUUUGGGUGUUCCAGCGGGAGAUGGCCGACGGGACAGGCGUCACAAGCCGGGACACCACAAUGACCUUCACCUGUUUCGUGCUGUUUGAUAUGUGGAACGCACUCAGCUGUCGAUCACAAACCAAGAGUGUGUUUCAGAUCGGCCUGCUCACGAACCGGAUGUUCCUGCUGGCGGUGGCUUUCUCGCUGCUCGGCCAGCUUCUGGUCAUCUAUUUCCCACCGCUGCAGAUGGUGUUCCAGACCGAGGCGUUGUCUGCGAUGGAUCUCGUGUUUCUUGUGUCGCUCACCUCCAGCGUGUUUGUCGUGUCCGAGCUGAAGAAAUGGUUCGAGCGCACCAUGGAGCGGCGAAUGUACAGGAAGCGCAACGAACUGGAUUUCGUAUGACAAACAGCUCACGCUGGAAGAUUGCAUAAAGACUAAGCUAAGCUGAUAAAAGAUAAGAUCAAAAGCAACAUCUAAAUACCGACAUCCGGCACACAUUUCGACACAGUUUAAAACACUGUACAAGAGACUUAUUUAAGCUUAACGUUCAAAUCGGAUAAAGGAAAGAAAGAAAGAAUAUGGAAGAGAGGAAUGACUUGGACUAAAGAUCGACUAAUUGCGUAUUUUUUUUCAAUCAAUUUUAAUUUUCGAACAAAAUUUUUAACCUAUAAUUAGGAGCAUCCUCGCCAGCAAAAGCGUGAACGGAACAUUCUACAGGUGACAAGCUAAAAGUAUAAUGAAAUUAAAUGAUAUUCAUUUCUAUUCCGUAAGAAAUAAUUCGAUACAAACAUGUCCUAGUAGCACGUCGAAUAUUUUUCAUCUUUUUUUACACUGUUUACAAGGACUAAAUAGGUUUACUUAGAGUUAUGUAUGAAGUGCUUGUGUAGAUAUUUUGCACAGGCUAGUAGAUUGUUGGCUUAUCUCAUCUCAUCGAAAAGUUAGUUUAAUUUUAGCACAUAGGCGGGACAUCUGUAUCCGCGUCCAAUGAUAGCUGACUAUAACGAGAGAAACAUUUAUUAAACGAAGAAGUAUGGCAGCCAUGUAA